CUUGCUAUACUGCAUUAAUUAAACAGUUCUCGUAACAUUUAAAUCCUGGACAUUAAUAUUUUUCCAUUCUGGGACAGUUUUCACUGCAUGGGCAUUGUCAGAAUUUAUUCUCAAAAGUUAGCUAACAUGGAAUCGGAUAAAUCAGAAGGGGAUCAAACUUCCCACAAAGUAAUAGAAAAGAAAAGACGGGACAGAAUAAAUUCGUGUCUGUCUGAACUUAGUCAGACUGUUCCAGCGGCAUUCUCUAAGCAGACUUCUGGAAAGCUAGAAAAAGCUGAAAUAUUAGAAAUGACGGUUGAAUAUUUAAGAGCUAUUCAAGCAACAGAAUUAGGCAUCAGAGUUGAAAACGGUGACUGGUAUAGCUCUGAUAUUUGGACAGAUUUUAUGCAACAUUACCAAACGGGUUACAACGAUUGUAUUCGUGAAAUCAUGCGUUAUAUGAUGGACGUCGAAGGCCUGAAUGUCCACGACCAGAGAUGUGCAAGAAUGAUGUCGUACUUGCAAACCAGAUUUAAGCCUGACGCGUCUGUAGCAGGUGGUAUAGCAUAUAGACAAAGCAUAUGCAGAAAUAACGCAUCCAUAAAAAGUCUAUCAUCUUACAAAGGUUGCACUUCUCAUUCCUCAAGUCCUCGAUUCAGUCCUUAUGCUGUAAAUCCACGUCUCAGUUCAUAUGACUUUCCUUUAAAUGGAGAAUCAAGGGACAGUUCCUUGACGAAACCAACAAACAUCUCAACGCCAUUUCAUUUAAUGCCGUCAUUCACUGGGUUACUUUGUUUUGCAGACCGAAAUCCUUCAUCAAAAAGAGACUGAAAUGUUCAAGACUUUCUCACUAAGCAAUGUAACAAUAAAAACGGUGGAGGAUUAUCCUUAAUUUCGAGAUGCAUCCUAUAAAUGUGCACCUAUUCAAUUCUUUUAUGUUUACGAUCAAGGCAUUAUUAGAAAAUAAAUACAUUGAAGAAUUAAUCAGUUCUCGAAAAGUGGUGGUCCGAAGGGUUUGACUACCAAAAUUUUUCAAAGAACCGACACAAUUUUUGUAUUUUGCACUAUAAAUAAUAAUGAUGACCAGCAGAUUUUCUUCAAAGAAAAAGAACACCAUGGAGAAAAGAUUUCGAGAACUCUGAUUGAGACGGCAUAUAAUGUAGACCUUUAGAAACUGUAUGUGUUAUGAUGUAAUGUUGACGUUUGGAUAUGAGUGUCCGAAAUGCAAAUAUGUGUGAGAAGAUAUUAUAGAUCUUAUAAUGCAAUAGGACACAUGUUAAUAGAAAUAAAUAUUAGGAAAUGAAAUGUAUGCUCUUACUUAAUAAAGCUGAGAUU